UGGAGUUCUACUGAGGAAGUCCUUGCCUAUUCCUAUUGUUUCCAGAGCUCCAGAGAUUAUAUUGGGGUUGCCGUUUUGUGAAGCCAUAGACAUGUGGUCAUUGGGAUGUGUGAUUGCAGAAUUAUUCCUUGGAUGGCCGCUCUAUCCAGGAGCCUUGGAGUAUGAUCAGAUUCGAUACAUUUCUCAGACUCAAGGUUUACCAGGAGAACAGUUGUUAAAUGUGGGUACAAAAUCCACAAGAUUUUUUUGCAGAGAAACAGAUAUGUCUCAUUCUGGUUGGAGAUUAAAGACACUGGAAGAGCAUGAGACAGAGACAGGAAUGAAGUCUAAAGAAGCCAGAAAGUACAUAUUCAACAGUCUGGAUGAUAUAGCGCAUGUGAACACAGUGAUGGAUUUAGAAGGAAGUGAUCUUUUGGCUGAGAAAGCCGAUAGAAGAGAAUUUGUUAGUCUGUUGAAGAAAAUGUUGCUGAUUGAUGCAGAUUUAAGAAUUACUCCAGCUGAGACGCUGAACCAUCCUUUUGUUAAUAUGAAGCAUCUUCUGGAUUUUCCUCAUAGCAACCAUGUAAAGUCCUGUUUUCAUAUUAUGGAUAUUUGUAAGUCCCACCCAAAUCCAUGUGACACAAAUAAUCACAAUAAAACUUCACUUUUAAGACCAGUUGCUUCAAGUAGUACUGCUACUCUAUCAACAAACUUUACUAAAAUUGGAACAUUAAGAAGUCAGGCAUUGGCUGCGUCUGCUCAUUCAGUUGUGCAUCAUGGGAUUCCUCUGCAGGCAGGAACUGCACAGUUCGGGUGUGGAGAUGCUUUCCAGCAGACACUUAUUAUCUGUCCCCCAACUAUUCAAGGCAUUCCUGCAGCACAUGGUAAACCCACCAGCUACUCCAUAAGGGUGGACAGCACAGUGCCACUUGUGACUCAGGCUCCAGCGGUGCAGCCACUGCAGAUCCGACCAGGAGUUCUCUCACAGCAGACAUGGUCUGGUAGAACACAGCAGAUGCUGGUACCUACCUGGCAACAGGUAACACCCAUGCCUCCUGCUACUGCAGCACUAACUGCUGAGGGUGUGGCCAGUUCUCAGAGACUUGGAGACUGGGGGAAAAUGAUUACACACAGCAAUCACUACAACUCCAUGAUGCCGCAGCCUCUUUUAACCAAUCAGAUAACUUUAUCAGCCCCUCAGCCUAUCAGCGUGGGCAUUGCACAUGUUGUCUGGCCCCAACCUGCCACUACCAAGAAAAAUAAACUAUGUCAGAACAGAGGUAUUUUGGUAAAACUAAUGGAAUGGGAGCCAGGAAGAGAGGAAAUAAAUGCUUUCAGUUGGGGUAAUUCAUUGCAGAAUACCAAUAUCCCACAUUCAGCAUUUAUUUCUCCAAAGAUAAUGAAUGGGAAAGAUGUCGAGGAAGUAAGUUGUGUAGAAACACAGGACAAUCAUAACUCUGAAGGAGAGGCAAGAAAUUGCUGCGAAGCAUCUGUCAGCCAGGACUCCGAUUCAUCCGUUUCAGACAAACAACGGCAAACGAUCAUCAUCGCCGACUCCCCGAGUCCUGCAGUGAGUGUAAUCACUAUUAGCAGUGACACUGAUGAGGAAGAGACCGCACCCCGACAUUCACUCAGAGAGUGUAAAGGUAGUCUCGAUUGUGAAGCUUGCCAGAGCACUUUGAAUAUUGAUCGGAUGUGUUCAUUAAGUAGUCCUGAUAGUACUCUGAGCACCAGCUCCUCAGGGCAGUCCAGCCCAUCCCCUUGCAAGAGACCGAAUAGCAUGUCAGAUGAAGAACAAGAAAGUGGCUGUGAUACUGUGGAUGGCUCUCCAACAUCAGACUCUUCAGGGCAUGAUAGUCCAUUUGUAGAGAGCAAUUUUGUGGAGGACACUCCUCAAAACACAGAAAUAGUAACCUCUGCUGACACGGAAACCAAGCCAGCUGUUUGUACUGUUGUGGUGCCGCCAAUGGGAAUAGACAGUGGAUUAAGUGCGGAAGAGCAUAUGGCAAACACAGAUUCUACAUGCCAGCCAUUAAUAAAAGGACGGUCUGCCCCAGGAAGACUAAACCAGCCUUCUGUAGGGGGUAAUCGUCAGCAGAAAUUAACAUCAGCAUUCCAGCAGCAGCAUUUGAAUUUCAGUCAGGUUCAGCACUUUGGAUCUGGGCAUCAAGAGUGGAAUGGAAACUUUGGACAUCGAAGACAGCAAGCUUACAUCCCUACUAAUGUUACCAGUAAUCCAUUCACUCUUUCUCAUGGAAGUCCUAACCACACAGCGGUGCAUGCCCAUUUGGCUGGAAAUACACACCUCGGAGGACAGCCUACUCUACUUCCAUACCCAUCAUCAGCCACCCUCAGUAGUGCUGCACCAGUGGCCCACCUCUUAGCCUCUCCAUGUACCUCAAGACCUAUGUUACAGCAUCCGACUUACAAUAUCUCCCAUCCCAGUGGCAUAGUUCACCAAGUCCCUGUGGGCAUAAAUCCCCGCCUCUUACCAUCCCCAACCAUUCAUCAGACUCAGUACAAGCCAAUCUUCCCACCACAUUCUUACAUUGCAGCAUCACCUGCAUAUACUGGAUUUCCACUGAGUCCAACCAAACUCAGCCAGUAUCCAUAUAUGUGAAAAGUCAAAAACAGCAUAUUGAGGAAGCUCAAUGACACAAACAUUUGAUUAAAAUAAAGACAUGGUAUUUAAUAAGUAUUAGCCAUGGCACAAGAAAACUAUUUUUGAAUCAUGUAGACUUGGGUGCAAUUUAAACAACUUUGAGCUUUAAAAAAAAAAUCUCAACUUUUAAUGUGUUUUGCACAUUUGGUAUAACUUGUCUUUGGUCAUGUUAUCUUCUUAUGUAGUAACUAGACAGGUGACUUAUGGGAGCAGAAGUCCAGUUUUGCUCCUGCUAUUUUUUAUAAAAUUGCCUUCUAACUAGUGCAAGACACGUCCACAUUUGGGAAGCCAUUCUGUGUACAGACUUAGAGCAACAGAUGCACAUAUGUCAGAAUUACAGCGUACAGUGAAUUGUAUUAUCUGUGUCUUAGUGUAUAAAUGUUGGGUCACAUAACCUAAGAAAUUGAGCUAUUGUUCUUUACAUUUGCAUGUGUCUUUUGCAUGGGCAAAAUGUUGCCUAGACUUUGCUCUUAAUGUUGUUCUAAUAAUCUCAGCUGCAUUGUAAACCGUUCCCACACAUAGUGCCUUAAAUAUUUGAGGUUGUUAAUGUUAUUACCUAUCUAUAAAUGUUGAGGACUGCAGCACUUAAAAUCCAGACCUACUCUUUAGUUUUCUUUUGAUAGAGUAAUGUUCAUUUUUGGUUUUGUGUGGUAUGAUUUCAGAUGGUAGCUGUUCUUUCCUUAUUAAGAGGGCAGCAUGUUUGCUAUAGCUGAAAUCUACUGUCUGAUUUUUCAGAAUGAUCUAGCUUCAAGAAAAGCAAGGAGUUUGUAGUGCUUAAGAAAAAUUGAUUCAGUAUCUAAUGGAUAGUUGAUAACUGUCACAGCACAGCUUUUUAUAUACUGUUAAGUGAAACUGCAAUACAAUCUAAGUUUAUUUUGGGAGUGUUUGCUGUAUAAUUGGAUUUAAAAAUGUUUAGAGGUGCGGUAGGCAUGACUUUGAGUAGAUAAUGAAAGAAAAUGCAAAAUGCUCAUUGAUUCAUGAUGUGGUUUCAUCUUAGCUUGGGCAGACCACGCAGUAUUUAAUAAAUAGUAGCAGAAUAUUUACUAUUGAAGCUUGAAAAGAUGUGAGUUCUUUGUGUGCAAUUUUUCAUUUAUGCAUGUGAGAGGGUUUUUGGUUUUUGGUUAUUUUUUUAAAGUAUUUUUACAUUGUAGUAAUUGUUUUGCUUGUUGGUGGUGUUUGCUUAUUUAAUACAUUCCGUCAGGGACAAAAAUUACAUGCUUUUUUUUUUUUUUCCUAGGAAGUGUGUCUUGGGUUUUCCCCUUCCUUUUUUCCUCCCUUGGUGGUGAUGGUGAUGAUGUUUAAAUGAAGUUGCUUUUACAGCACCAAAGACUUAAUCAUCCAUUUCUUAUAUAAAAGGUAGCUACUUUUUGCAUAGACCUCAAGUAUAUUGUAGUGUAGAGGUGGAAUUUAAAGAAAGGUAUUAAACUGAGGCUGUGUUUUAGCUUACAGGCAAGUAAUAAAUUGUAUCAUUUAUCUUGAAUGUAUCAUAGAUAAGCUGCUAUAUAACGAUUGCCACUUCAGAUAGCUGUGAAAUUAGAUGAUUAACUAGUUGUUAUUUAGCUUUCUGAUUUCUGUAUAAGUCUAACUACAUGAAAUAGAAGUUGGGGUUUUGAUUUUUUACUUUGCUUUUCUGUUUGGAGUGUCAUUGUAACUACUGUAUUGUAAAUGAUGGAAAAUAAUUGCAUAUGUUAUUUUGGGGUGUGUUUUUGCAUCAGUAUUUUAUCUCUAUUAAUGUUUGUGCUCAUCACUGCAUAUAAAAACUUGGAUGUAUCAAUGUAACUUAAUUUUUUAUUUUCAUACUGGCAGUGUAGACUUGAGAAAGCUGUAUCUUGCAGGCUUGACUUAACUUUUUUUCCUUAAAAUCUGGAAUAUAAUCUUAUAGCAUUUACUGGAAUACACAGUACAAAGCAUUGGGGUGUAAACCUCUCCAGAUGUUUUGGAUUUGCAGCAUUUCUCUAUAAAUGAAUUGCAUACCACUAGUACAGCUGUACUACAGCAUUGACAAUAAGCUAAUAAUGGGUGAACCUUUCUUUACUCCAUUAACACAAGCAGUGUUUUAUUUAAUAAUCAUCAAUGAAAUAAAUGUGCCUGAGAUUGAUUUUAAAAAUUACAGUAUUAGAUCAUAAAAUAAAAACCAGCAGUACAUUUUUAGUCACACUGAAAAUGAAGGACUUAAUUUUCCCCACAAGUUUCAGUGUUUUUAUUAAUCAAUUCUAUGCAUUUUAUAUAAAUAGAAAAAAUAUAUAAUACACAUAAUAAGGAGUAAGAUUAAUUUAAAAGAUUAUUUACAGAUGACACAUUUAUGGAGUCACUAUUUACAAAGUUGCUGCCAUCCACAGCGUUCUGAUUUUAUUUAUAUGGUCUAGCAGAUUACUGUUAUCUGCUCAUUUCUUGGAAAAGAAUCAACGCUGGCAAUGGAUGUUUCAGAAACACCAAGUGCAAAAGAUCGAUCGUAUCACAACAGGUACAAAACUGGCGCAGUUUGCUUUUUGUUCAGGGCCAUGUUUACUGCCCUGAAAUGAUAUAUUUUUUGUAUUUAAGUUCCAAGACUCAGGUAGUCUUGUUAAACUGACAGUUAAAUGGUAAAGGUCAACAUUUUCAUUGCAACAGUAAUGUUUGUUAAAGGCAUAUUGCAGUUAAAUACACUGCUCUUAAUUAAUUGCAAUCAUGGACUUUUUGAUGUGUUUAAAAGUUAAAAACUUCAAAAUCCUACUAAAGUCUAAAUUUAGAAUGUUGAGACAAAAGCAUGUGGAUUUAUACCCUCUUUAAAAACCAUUUUUAUCAGUUUUCUUUGGUUUUAAUGCUUUCUUAAAUAAAACACUGCAUGAUUUCCAAGCUGCAUAUUUGCAUACUAUUUUAAUUUGCAAAUUAAUUUUUAUCAACUAUUCUGAUAUUUAGUUUUUUCCUUCAGGGUAUUUAAAUAUGUUACUAUUUUAGCAAAACCUUUUAAUUUUUAAAAUCUCUACUGCUAAUUUUAAAUCUGGUUUGUGUUAAGUAAAAGUUAACUCAUACACUGCAAGGUGUAGGAAGAUUUGUUUUAAUGAAUCCAAUGCUAUAGAUUUGAUUACUAAGUUUGAACUGUUAACCGUUAACAAUUUUAGACUUGUGGCUCUCUUUGACUUGUUUGUUUUUGCUUUUACUUCUAUGCUACACUAGUUUGCCAUGUAGCAAUUGCACUGUGCAAUAUUACAAUAAGGACUGGGAAAAUUUUUAUGGAUGUAAUGUCUAUUACAGUUUGCGAUAGUAUUUCUCUCUAGUUCUCAGUGAUUUAAAUGUGACCAAGCCUUCUGUACUUUGUCACAAAAAGCGGGUUUUCCAGGUGACUAUUUUGGUGAGUGUCAAAAUAAGAAUUUAUGGUGUAUUACUGUUGAUUCACUUUGAAUUAAAAUAUAUAUAUUGCAGCAAA